AUGGUAGGCCCUUCCAAAUCGGGAAGUUUUUCAACCCUGACUUCCCGCCAAAAUAUCUCCCUGGAAACGCCUGAAACUGUCCAUAUAUGGCUCCCGCUAAAAACAACAAAGAUGUACGCAGGAAAGGCCGUUCUUGUAAUAGGCGGAAGCAGCGGGCUGGGCCUGGCACUUGCAAAAGAGAUAAAGCGGCGGGGCGGAAUCGUGACAAUCUCCUCCCGGAGCAUUUCCAAGCUCGAGCAGUACAAGCCCGAAUACAAAGUCACAGCAAUCGACAUCACAGAAGAAAAGUCUGUCCGGAAGAUCUCAACGGAGUUUGACAUGGUCUUUUGCUGCCCAGGAUUUGCAGUCCCUUCGUCGGCCCAGGACAUAUCCGCGGAAGUAACAGAAAAAAUCAUGAAGUGUAACUUUUUCGGGGCAGUACGGGUUUAUUCUCACUUUUUAAAGGCUGUUUCCGAGACGAACCGGAAGAGCCUGGUCUUUGUCGCGUCAACGCUGGCCUUGCAUGCAUUCAGCGGGUACGGAAUGUAUGCCCCCAGCAAGGCUGCACUCUCGUCGUUUUACGAGGCCGUGCACGAAGAGAGCGCGAUUUUGGGCCUGGACACAUAUAUCUACUACGUAUCGACAAUUCUAAGCCCAGGAUUCGAGGAGGAGGAAAAAAUAAAACCCGUAGCCACAAAGAAAAUCGAGGGAGCCUCCCGAACGCUUUCUGCGCGCCCGGAGAAUAGGGCCCGGACUCUGCUCGAUGAAAUGCGCUGCAACAGGGUCAUUUACUCGGACUUCGUCACCCGCAUGUUCAGCAAGGCCUCGGAUAUUCGGUCUGUGUCCGACGUGCUUGCCUGGAUUGCGGCACCUCUGUUUUGGUGCGCGUUUAAGCUGUACUGCACGUACAUAAUCAGGAGAGAGUGCAGGAAAAACGUAUAA